CACUCAUUUCUCACUCCUUUCUUGCGAACGAGAGCCACCCUCGCCAAUGAAUGAAGAUAAGACUUUACCCCAAGAAUAACCUGAACCCCUUCUUUGCAGCCUCUCUUCACCGCCAAACUAGAGCUCACCUCCCUCCUCGGCUGCUAAACCAUGUCUUGUUCAAAUCUGACUAUGUGGGUGUCUUCAAAACCCACUGUUUCUGAUGCAUCUUCCCUUUCUUUCCGCUCAUUUUUGAGCCCUUUCCAGCUCCCUUCCCAGAAUUCAAGCCCUGCUCGAUCAUGGUCGGUUUCUCCAAUCCAUUGCGGUCUUCGGGAGCUUCGAGAUCGUAUCGAUUCGGUGAAGAACACCCAGAAGAUCACUGAAGCUAUGAAGCUUGUUGCUGCUGCCAAAGUCCGCAGAGCUCAAGAAGCAGUUGUUAAUGGAAGACCCUUCUCAGAAGCUUUGGUUGAAGUCCUUUACAACAUCAAUGAGCAACUUCAAACAGAAGAUGUUGAUGUUCCUUUAACCAAAGUAAGACCUGUUAAGAAAGUUGCAUUAGUUGUUGUCACGGGUGAUAGAGGUCUUUGUGGUGGUUUCAACAAUACCAUCAUUAAGAAAGCUGAAGCCAGAAUAUCAGAAUUGAAGGCACUUGGUCUUGAUUACACUGUCAUUAGUGUUGGCAAGAAGGGUAAUUCCUAUUUCCUUCGCCGACCUUACAUCCCGGUCGAUAAGUUCCUUGAAGGUGGCACUCUUCCCACAGCUAAAGAAGCUCAAGCAAUAGCUGAUGAUGUUUUUUCACUCUUUGUUAGCGAAGAAGUUGAUAAAGUAGAGCUUUUGUACACGAAAUUCGUGUCGUUGAUAAAAUCCGAUCCUGUAAUUCACACUCUUCUUCCACUCUCACCCAAGGGUGAGAUCUGUGAUAUAAAUGGAGUAUGUGUAGAUGCUGCAGAAGAUGAGUUUUUCAGGUUGACAACAAAGGAAGGGAAAUUGACAGUGGAAAGGGAUUCAGUGAGGACAAGCACAUCAGAUUUUUCACCAAUUUUGGAGUUUGAGCAAGACCCAGUUCAGAUCUUGGAUGCUUUAUUGCCUUUGUAUUUGAACAGCCAGAUUUUGAGGGCAUUGCAAGAGUCAUUGGCUAGUGAACUUGCAGCUAGAAUGAGUGCUAUGAGUAAUGCAACUGAUAAUGCUUCUGAGCUGAAGAGAACUCUGUCUAUUGUAUAUAAUAGACAGCGCCAAGCUAAGAUUACUGGAGAAAUCUUGGAGAUUGUUGCUGGUGCUAAUGCCUUGACUUAAUUUGAUGUUUGUGUAUAUCUCCUCCCAUGUUUGCUUGCUUUUUCCUCUUCCUUCCCCUUACAUACAUCCCAUGUUUCUAUAUUCAAUGAUCUCAUUCAAAUUAUGCAGUUUCUAUAGAAUAUAUGCAAAUUGUAAGUCUUUCAUGUUCUGCUUCUUCA